GGAGGACGGCCACUCGGUGGAUGUUUGUUAACCAGCGGGCUCUGAGGAAGAGGAGGAACCUGCCCACACCUGGAACCCACACCUGGAACCCACACCUGGAACCCACCGCUCAGCGGGAGACGCUUCUGCAGUUCCUGCAGCAGGUUUGAGGCUCAACUCCUGACGGAGACGCAGUCAGACCGGACCGCCGGGACGUCUGUGGACGUCUGUGGACGUCUGGGGACGUCUGUCUCCCAGGAACGGAGCCAUGCUGAUGCUUCUUCUUCUGCUGCUGCAGCUGCAGCUGUGCCUGCAGGCGGCGGGUCAGGACCAGGCUCCCGGCCGUUGUGAUGUCAAGAGCCGAAUGGCUCUAUACACCUCCUGCACCUCCUGUGCCGCCGCCGCCGCCGCCGCCACCGCCCCCUGCCCGCCGGACUUCACUAAGACCGGAACCACCAACUGCAGUUACGUGGUGCAGAUCGGAAGCAGGGAGCUGGAACUGCAGGGGUGUCGUCAAGUCUGCGUGAAGAGCUAUCUGCGUCCGUGGUGCUGUUCGGGAUACUGGGGUCCUCUGUGUUUUCAUUGUCCCAGCUGGUCAGGGAAGAUGUGCAACUUCAAAGGCAAGUGUGAGGACGAAGCUGACGGCAACGGCACCUGCAUCUGCGCGGACGGCUUCACCGGCUUCGCUUGUCAGGAGUGUAAGAACCCGCUCGCCUACGGGAGUCUGUGUGACAAAGAGUGUGACUGUGUGCACGGGGUGUGUAACAACGGUCCGGAGGGCGACGGGAAAUGUUUGUGCCAGCCGCCGUACACCGGGAAGCGCUGCGACCAAGUCAGCUCCAGCUGCAGGAACUGUGGUUCGUACUCGUACUGUAGAGUCAGCACAUUCGGCACCACGUGCGAGUGUCUCCCCGGUUACAGGAAGAUGUUUACGGAGAAAUGUCAAGUGUUUUGUUCGCAGAGGGACUGCGACGUCAACGCCCAGUGCUCCCUGCAGGGGGGGAAGAUCAAGUGCGUCUGCCAGCCGGACUACGAGGGCGACGGCAAGUUCUGCGUACCCAGAAACCCCUGCAUGCAGGACAACGGCGGCUGUCCCGCCAACUCCACCGUCUGCGUCUUCAAAGGACCCAACAAGGCCGCCUGUGAGUGCAUGUCCGGCAUGUCGCCUGUAGGUGGCGGCCCUGAGUCCGGCUGCCAGCUGAUGCCGGCCUGCCAACCCGACACCUGUGACCCGUCGGCCGUCUGUGAGACGCAGGCGGAUGGAAGGCCGAGAUGCGUCUGCGAGGUGGGGCAAAUCGGUGACGGCCGGCGUUGCUACGGUAACCUCAUGGAGCGCCUGGUGGAGCUGGACACGAGCGGCGGACAGAGAGAAAAUCUGACAGGAGCCAUCGACCUGUUCGAGAAAGGCUGCUCACAGCUGCUGAGUCGUAGCGGACCGUUCACGGCCUUCUUCCCCAUCCUGAAAGCACCUCUGACUGGAGUCAACGAGGAGCUGGUGUGCAAGAACCACCUGAUCCUGGGUCAGCACCUCCACGCCGAUUUAGAAGAUGGAGACUUCACUCUCUUUGGAGGAGGGAAGCUGAGGGCCAAACCCGGCAAGAGGUUCGUCCUCAUGGACAACCCCACCAACCUCUACACCAUCAUCCAGCCAGACCUGCCGGCAUCCAACGGCGUCAUCCACAUCAUCGACAAGCCCAUCACGAACACACCUGGCGGGCUGCUGCGUGACGACAAGUUUGCAGACAAGACAAUUGGAGAAAUCCUGACUUUGGAUGAAAAGUACAACCGCUUCCUGUCUUUGGUGGACAACUGCGGGGCGCCGCCUCCUCUGCGUGGACCGGGACCGUUUACGGUGUUCGUCCCCACCAACAACGCCGUGGACCGGGCCCGAGACGGCAGCAUCCUGUACAUGCUGCACGAUGCCAAACAUAAACUCCAGGAGCUGCUCCGGCAUCACAUCUUCUCCCAGGCUGUACUGACGCUGGACGAGCUGUCUGCUCUCCCGUACAUCCGGACCAUGGCCAACCAGCCGAUCGCCAUCACCGCGUCGGAGGACGGGGCGCUGCGUCUGGGCCCGAAGGCCGUCCCGCUGGCCACCGCCAACAUCAUGGCUUCCAACGGGGUCAUUCACAUGAUUGACGGGCUGCUGUAUCCGCCCUCCAUCCUGCCCAUCCUGCCGCACCGCUGCGACGUCACGGAGAGCAAGAUCACGGUGACUCCCUGCGCUCACUGCAGCUACCUGGACGAGGUCCGGUGUCCCGACGGCAGCGUUGAAAUGGAACGGCACCAGUCUGGAUGCGACUACCUCUCCCUCCCUUUCGGUCAGUCUUACAGUAAAGGCUGCGCCAAGUUCUGCAACUCCACCCGACAGGUCCCGGAGUGCUGCCCAGGAUUCUUCGGUCCGGACUGCAAACCCUGUAUCGGAGGAUUCCAGCACCCCUGCUACGACCGGGGAACGUGCUUCCACGGUAUCCACGGCAACGGCUCCUGCAGCUGUCACUCAAACUUCACGGGAUUCGCCUGCCACAUCUGUUCAGAUCCCUCGAAACACGGAGCCAACUGUGACGAAGAGUGUCUCUGUCUCCACGGCGUGUGCGAUAACCGGCCCGGCAGCGGCGGCGCCUGCCGGUUCGCCUCCUGCCUGGACGGAUUCUCCGGGAAGUUCUGCGACAAGAAGGCGUCGGCGUGCAACUCGGACGGCCUGAUGCAGCACUGCCACGUGCACGCGUACUGCACCCAGACCGGCCUGGAGACCAGGUGUGUGUGCAGGGAUGGAUAUGAUGGAGACGGCCACUCCUGCCUCCCCAUCAACCUCUGCCUGAAGAGAGACCGAGGAGGCUGCGACGCCAACGCCGAGUGCUCGUACCUGGGUCCAGGUAACUCCACCUGCCUGUGUUCUGAGGGCUGGACCGGCGAUGGGAAAGUGUGUGUGGAGAUCAACAACUGCCAGCUGGGGAGUCGGGGAGGCUGCAGCAUCAACGCUGACUGCAACCACAUCGGACCUGGACAGAGCGACUGCGUCUGUAAAAGCGGCUACAUGGGAGACGGGAAGAUCUGUGACCUCAUCAACCCCUGCAGGAAGAACAACGGAGGCUGCAGCAUCCUGGCAACGUGUGAGCUGAGGAACGGCAGCCUGCACACCUGCACCUGUCCUGACGGCUACGCCGGAGACGGGAACACCUGCUACGGCCCGCUGAUGGACGAGUUGGACUUGAAGCCUGAGUUGUACAGUUUCUACCGGAUGAUUCAGAAGUUCAGUCACUCGUCGGAGGAUCUGAGCGGGAACUUGACGGUCCUGGUUCCGUCCCGGGAGGUUCUGAAGAACAUGAGUGAAGCUGAGAAACAGUUCUGGACCAGCCGGCACCACCUGCCUCACUUCCUGCGGGCCCACUACCUGCUGGGGAUCUACUCCGUGGAGGACCUGGACCGGCUGGUGGGGACCCGGCUGCCCACCAUGAACCCGGCCGUGCAGUGGGAGGUCCGGAACCUCAGCGGGCUGAUCCACGUUGGAAACGCCUCCAUCGUCGCCCACAACCUGCCGGCCACCAACGGCUACAUCCACAUCAUCAAUCAGGUUCUGGCUCCGUCGUCCUCGGAUCUCCCCCCCGAACCCCCGACCCUGAUGGAAUUCCUCAACUCGUCCUCCAACUUCACGCUGUUCAGGAAACACGCCCUGAUGUACAACCUGUCCGAGAGUGUGUCAGAGUUCACCGUCCUGCUGCCGACGGACCGAGCUGUUAGAGAAGAACUGGAGAGGAGCAACCGCAGCCUGCUGGAUCUGAACAUCUUCCGGUACCACGUUCUUCCCAACGUUCUUCUGUUUCCUGAUCACCUGACUGAUGGUUUGCUGAUCAGCUCCCUGGUGGACGACGACUACCAGGUCCAGUUCCACCUGGACCCCCAGAACCGGACGCUGGUGAACGACGUCCCUCUGGGCGGCGGCUUCACGGAGACGCAGUUCGGCGUCCUCAUGGUCGUCCAGCGCGUCCUUAAAGUCCGUCGGAACCGAUGCAGCAAGCAGGUCACGCUGCAGGUCAACGGUCGCUGCAGCGACUGUGACGGACCUCCCCGGUGUCUCUUCAGCUACAAACCGGUGCGACCGCGGUUCCCCAGCAACAUGCGGCCCAACUGCAACUACAGGAAGCGGGUCGGAGCCAAGAGGAAGUCCGUGCAGGGCUGCUUCAUCAAGUGUCUCCGCUUCACCACGGACCACUCCUGUUGCCCCGGUUACUACGGCCACGAGUGCUUCAAAUGCCCCGGGGACGUCGGCAGCUGGUGCUCCAACCACGGCGAGUGUCAGGACGGUAACCACGGCAACGGGGAGUGCCGUUGCUACGAGGGUUUCCACGGAACCAACUGUGAGGACUGUGAGCCGGGACGCUACGGAGUCAACUGCUCCUCCAAGUGUGUGUGUGACCACGGCAGGUGUGAGGACGGUCUGGCAGGAGGAGGCCGGUGUGUUUGCUACAAGGGUUGGAAAGGAAGCUCCUGCUCUGUUGAGAUCAAGGACGACGCCUGUGGAGGUGUGUGUGACGAAAACGCCAAUUGCAUCACGGGUCCGUCAGGAUCUGCCCCCGCCUGCGUCUGCGCAGCCGGUUACCAGGGCAACGGGACGUCUUGCAGAGAGCUGGACCUGUGCAGCAUGUCCAACGGCGGGUGCUCGGAGUUCGCCGGCUGCACGAAGGUUUCGGCCGGAGAGAGAACCUGCAGCUGCAACGACGGCUACACCGGAGACGGAGUCGUCUGCCUGGAGCUGGACGGCUGCCUGGUGAACAACGGCGGCUGCCACGCGGAGGCGGACUGCAUCAGGACCGGCCCCAACAUGACGGCCUGCAAAUGUCGGCUGGGCUUCCAAGGAACGGGGCACUACUGUUACGCCGUCAACCCCUGCAGAACCAACAACGGCGAGUGCAGCAAGUACGCUCGCUGCGAGUACCUGGGCCAGGGGAAGAGGAGCUGCACCUGCCUCCGGGGCCACGUGGGCGACGGCUUAGAGUGCCGAGGAACAACCAACGAUGAGGUGUUUCGGCAGCCGGAGAACGGCUUCUUCAGACGAAUGCUGACGGCGUCCGGACCGUUCCGUCUCUAUGGCGAAGGGCCGUACACGCUCUUCAUCCCUCUCGAAGAAACCAACAACGAGUCCACUGUGGAGACGUGGAAGACCGCGGGUCGGCUGGAGGAUCUGGCCCGGAACCACAUCGUCUCCUGUGAGCUCCUGACGUUGAGCGAUCUCAAAACCAGCGAGCGUGCGGUCACAGUGUCAGGAUACACACUCCGGUUCAGUGUGCAGGAGGGUUCGGUCUGGGUCAACAACAGGUCGCGGGUGGUGAGGAGCGACUACACCACGACCACCGGCGUCAUCCACCACGUGGACGUGCUGCUGCCGCCGUACCGCCUGGAGGACAAACCGACCCUCGAGCCCAGAACGAUGAACUUCUCCGAAGCCGCCGGAUUGUACGGCUACACGCGCUUCUUCAAACUCAUCCAGGAUGCCGGAGUGCUGCCGUUGCUCCAGGAUCCCGCCCACCAGCCGUUCACCGUGUUCUGGCCCACCGACGCGGCGCUGGCCGCCCUGCCGGCCGAGAGGCAGCGCUGGCUGUCCAGCCCCGACCACCGGGACCAGCUCGCCGCCACCGUCAAGGCUCACAUCGUCCGCAACUCCAGGAUAACGAGAAUCGGACAGCAGAAAAGACCCACCUCGUACCGGACGAUGCACGGAUCCACCAUCAAGUUCAGUUGUGACAAGAAGCUGCCGGGGGCGAUCCUGAUCAACGGCGACGCCGCCAGACUUGGGGAGCGGUACUUGACCUUCAGGGAGGGCCUGGCCUUCGGGAUCGACCAGCUGCUGGAGCCGCCGGGACUCGGAGCUUUCUGUGACAGCCUGGACAACCCCACCACCUACGGCCGCUGCGGGAGCUGCCUGAUCCCCCCGCCCUGCUCGCUGAGACACGUGGACACGGGGAAGACGGAGCGCUGCUACCAGCCCCCCUCGCGCUUCACGGGCCGCCGCUGGUACGGAGACCUGGACCACAGCUUCAACCGCUGGGGCUGCAAACGGGUCUGCACGUUCCCGUCCUGGGUCCAGAAGUGCUGCAAGAACCACUACGGCCGGGACUGCCAGGUGUGUCCAGGCGGCGUUGAAGAUCCCUGCGGUCGCCAUGGCGACUGUGACGACGGCGUCCGAGGGUCGGGGUCCUGCAAGUGUCACAGAGGAUUCCAGGGAACAUCAUGUGACUCGUGUGCCGGCGGUUACUACGGCGACAACUGCACAUCCUGCAGCUGCACCUUCACGGGACACUGCGACGACGGCAUGGACGGUUCGGGACACUGCACCUGCAACAGCGGCUGGACCGGCGACCGCUGCCAGGACAAGAUUGGCUCGGUCCCGGAGCGGUGCCGGUGGUGCCACCCUCAGGCCGACUGCACGGACCUGGGCUGCCAGUGUAAACCUGGUUACCAGGGCAACGGGACCUUCUGCAGUGCAGAGCCACUGCCGGACCUCUGCUCCGACUACAACGGCGGCUGCCACCUGAACGCCGCCUGCAACCAGACGGGGCUGACGGUCAACUGCACCUGCCUCGCCGGUUACCACGGAGACGGCGUGUCCUGCCAGCCCAUCGACAGGUGUGUGGAGGAGGAGAACGGCGGCUGCAGCGAGUUCGCCUCCUGCAGGUUCUCCGGACCGAACCAGCGCGAGUGCCAGUGCCUGCCGGGGUUUGUGGGUAACGGAGUCCAGUGCCUGGAGAAGCUGCUUCCUCCAGUGGACCAAUGUCUGCAGGAGAACGGAGGCUGUGACCCGGUGGCGUCCUGCCGGGACCUGCAUUACCAUGCGAACACGGCCGGGGUUUUCCACCUGUCCAGUCCGGAGGGAAAGUACCGUCUGAACUUCACCGAGGCGGACCGGGCCUGCCGGGCCGACGGAGCCGAGCUGGCAACGUUCAAGCAGCUGGGGGACGCGCAGCAGCUGGGGGUGCACCUGUGCGUGGCCGGCUGGAUGGCGGGGGGUCAGGUGGGCUACCCCACCCGCUUCCCCUCCCUCCGGUGUGGAGACAACCACGUGGGCCUGGUGACGUACAAGGAGCCGGUGGAGCGGAGCAGCCGCUACGACGCCUGGUGCUACCGGCUACGAGACGUGUCCUGCUCGUGUCCCGACGGCUUCGUCGGAGACGGAGAUUUCUGCAACAGCGUCCUGACCAGCGUCCUGGCCCGGAACAGCAACUUCUCCAUCUUCUACAAGCUGCUGCUGGACUACAGCCUCUCGUCUCCGGAGGGACGGACUCUGGUGGACGUUCUGUCCCACAGGAAGUCUGAGGUCACGCUGUUCGUCCCCCACAACGCCGGGUUCUCCCGGAACCAGACCCUGUCGGGGCGGGACCUGGAGUACCACGUCUCGGCCAAUCACAGCUGGCCCUUCAGGGAGCUCCGCCCCCAAACACUCAUCUCCUCCAGGCUCGGGUUCAACCUGACGGUCUCCCACGGCAACAACCAGACCCUGACGAUGGUGGACCGGCGCCUCCUGCUGGACUGGGACAUUCCCGCCGUCAACGGCAUCAUCCACGUCAUCGAGGCGCCGCUGGCGGCUCCGCCCCCCCCGGUCUCCACUGGAGCGUCCCGAAGCCCCGCCCACUCCAGUGGCGCCGUGGCAACCAUCGUAGCACUGCUGCUAGCCGGCCUGCUUGCCGUGCUAGGCUACUACGUCUUCAAACACAAGAGGGACGCAUUCCGCUUCCACAUGUUCAGGAACGAGGACGAGGACGGCGGGUCCAGCAGAACCAAACACACGCUGGUGUCCAUCCCCAACCCGCUGUACUCCAGCUCCAGAACCGGGACCGGGACCCAGAACCUCGGGGAAACCAGUCCAGAAGUGGAGCCCCCAGAACCAGAGGAGGCCCCGGACCUGCUGGGUCUGGACCAGUGAACCAAGACCAGGACCAGGACCAGGACCUGGACCAGAACCAGCAGGAACUGGA